ACAAGUAGGAGAAAAUAUAGAUAAUGCUUCUUUAGAGACUUCAAAAACCAAAAAUAUUUGUCCGAUUUCGCCAUAAAUUUCCGGAAAAGUAGUUUGUAAAUCCAAGAAGAGUCUAGCGUAAAAUUGUUUCACAAUGGAAGGGAAUCUUUCGGGAGAUUAUGACUUUGAUGCUCCCAUGUUUGUCGACUUCACGAAGAAUGAGCAGCUGGCAGAUUCAGACGCUGAUAGAUGGUUUGAUAACAGAGACGAUGGCAUCAUUGAGAUGGAUAGUUUGGAAGAAGAUGAACCCAUUCCGUCUGAAGUAGAAGAAACGACAACAGAAACAGAAACUAGUGAUAUCAAAACUGUUCCUUUUCCUGAAGAAAAGACCGUUGAUAAAGAUGAUCAUACGAUAGAGGAAACUCAAACCAAAGAGGGAGAAGACAGUGGACCUUUUAUGUUCUUCAAAAACAUUGCUGCGCCUAAAAAUCUCGUCACAUCUUGGAAGCCACGAAGCAACGCUUCAGCGCCUGCUGAAAGCGAGCGGCCGUCGAAAAAACAAAAGCACACAUUGCCAAAAAUCUCAAGGACAUUGAAUUCUAGUGGGUCAAAAGUUUAUGAACCUCAAGCAAAAAGACAAAAAAGUGUGCAUGAUAGUACUACAGAGCAUGUUGCGGCUCCUCUGACAAGAGCCCAACAUAAGGCUGCUAAUGCACCAAGAAGGUCCUUCCGUGUUUCCAAAAAGAGGACACCAUCUACAAGUUCCACAUCCAACACUAGUGAAGUUAACAGAAGUAUAUCAGGACCAAUGACAAAGGCUUCCAGGAAACCAAUGCCAAAAACCAAAGCUCCAAUGCUCACUAUCCCAUCUACUCCAACAUUACUGAAACGGCCAAAGGCUAAACCAAGUGUAGCACAAAAACCAAGAGAAGAAAUGGAGAUUGAAGCUAUAGAAAAAAUGAGACAAGAACUGAAGGAAAAAAGAAAACAUAAUGAGGAAUUCAUGAAGAAGGCAUUAGCAGCUGGGGCCUACACACCAUACAGGUCUGCCGAGGAUAACUUAACACAGGCUGUUGAAUUUCACUUUGAAACUGACAAGAGAAUCAAAGCUCCUCAACCACAAAUGUCCAGUGACAGCAAGGAAAAGAACUUCUUUGAAACCUUACGUCAACAUCCAGCUUCCCCUUCCUUUAAACACAGGGCUCCAACAAAGCCACAGCCAUUCCACUUCCAUAGCAACCAAAGCAAGAAGCGUAAAAUGACAGACGAAGAAGACAACUCAUGCGAAGGCUACGUUUCAAUGGCUCAGCAUUGCUACAAAUUUCAAAAUGCAACACCCCCAAGAUUCCGUACCAAAAACAUCAAAGAAACUAACUCGGGCCCACCUGUGUCUGAUGCUAAUAAGAGUGCUUCCAAGCUGACUUGCCCAAAGACUCCAAACUUGUCCAGUAAAACAAGGAAGAGACCUCUGCCUGAGGAUUGCCUGAGCCGAGAACAGCAAGAGGAAAAAGAGGCUGAAGAAAUGAGAAACUACAAGUUCAAGGCCAGAGAGUUUGAUCCUAAAAUAGUAGAGAAACAAGGAACCUAUGGGCUGAAACCUCUGCAGCCCAAGAACCUAACAGAGGUCAAGCCAUUUAUGCUGGCAUCAGAACAACGUUCAGAGAUAUAUAAACAAAAAGAAAAGGAAUCCCAAGUAGAGGAGAAACCUGUCAUAUUCAAAGCUCAACCUGUACCAGAGUUUGACAAAAUAGAGUUCAAACCAGAACUUCCACACCAAGCAACCAAGCAAAAACCUUUCUCGUUUGAAGAACGAAACAAACAAUUGCAAGUCAAGAAAGAACAAAAGAUUCAAAGUGUUUUAGAAGAGGAGAAAAAGGCAAGAGAGUUCCAUGCUCAGCCACUGCAAAGCUUCUCUCCAAUGAAGUUAAUAUCGACUUCAAAGUCCCUUACCAAAUUUGAGCCAUUCAACUUGGAGACUGAAAACAGAGGGGCCCAAAAAGCUGACCAAUGGAUUAAAAAGGUUCAAGAAGAUCUUCAGGAGGAAAGAAAGAAAGUUGUCUUCAAGGCACAUUCUAGCAAUGUUCUUUAUCAAGCACCUUUUAUACCCAAGAAAUCUCUCAAACCAAACACCAUGUUUGAAGAAUUUGACCUCAACUCCGAGCGCCGAGCUCAAGAGAGAGAAGCCUAUGAGAUGAAUAAGAAAGAGAGGGAAAUGGAAAAUCUAGAGCUUCAGCGUCAACGAGAACUAGAACGAGAAGAAGAGGAGAGAAGAAAUAUUGCGAUAUUGAGAAAGCAAUUAGUUCAUAAAUCUAAUCCUAUUAGAUCCUACAAACAGGUAGAAAUUCUUCCCAGCAACAAACCUUUGACACACCYUGAAUCGCCAGCAUGGAACACUACAGAAAGAAAGAAAAUGCGUGUGUAGGAUGCUUAAAACGUCUUUUUAUUUUUGCAUGGAAUUCAUAAAGUGACAGUGACAUUUUUUUUUACUACAAGACUGCUGCAUCAUAAAGUUCAGUUGAAAAAAGGGUAUUUUUUCAUAUUUGACAAAAUAAAAACCAAAAGCAACUGUAAGCUUGCUUCUUCCUAAAUGUAAAUAUUUUGACUUAUCAUCUAAAUUUUUUGACAAUUUUCCUAACUUUGCUACAUUAAUACCUUAGUAUCCCCUUAAAAAAGUAUUGUGGUCAGCAAAUCAUUUGUUUUCUGGACUACAAAAAUUAAUGGGGUUCUAAUGCAAACAGGCUAAAUGAGGCUUAUAUGUUUUAGUUUCUUUUAAUGAAGCUCAAAACUUCAAAACAUAUGAAGUUAUCAUUGUUGUAGAAAUCUUUUGAGAAUUGGAACCUAUUGUUUUCCCCCAGAUUGAGCUUCAUUUCAAAGUGCUGCAAGGGGUCUAUAUAAGUUAUGCCAAUUACCCAGAAAAGUAAGCUCAAACAUUGCUGACGUACUCAAUGAGUUCAAAUAAAAGUUGGUUUAUCUGGUAA